CCUUGGCUACGGUACUACCUGCUAUAACAGUCAUGUAGGCUGAUGCUGACACAGCUGUACAGUGACAGUGACAAGACGUGAAGUAGCAGACCGGUCGACCAUUCCUGGCAGUACGGCAACAGUUACAUACGCCAACACUGGCAACAGUCACAGAGCAGUGCAGUGCAGUGCCGGCACUCAAGUAAUAGUUGAAGACUUUGAAGUGUCUGCUGAUAAAGCUACACUUUCACACUACACAAUGAUUCGAGAUUCUGGAUUGGAAACCGACGCAAUGUUGCUGAAGGGUCGCGUCGUGGUGUAUUCCGUGGUAGGAUGCCCUUAUUGCAAGAGAGCGAAAGCUCGCUUAGAGGAGCUGAAAAUCCCUUACCAUGACAUCAAUUUGGACGCCUUCCCUGACCUGAGGGCUGACAUGCAAGAGAGAACAAAGAAAACGUCUGUUCCGCAGAUCUUUUUCAAUAAUAAACAUCUUGGUGGAUGGGACGACUUCGCAGAAGCGGAGUUCAAAGGAACGUUCUCGGAGUUUCUCGGGGAGGUGGCUGAUAACGAAGUGCCAGCCGAGGCCCCACAGUUACCUGUUAUGCAACGAACAGAAAGUGGAGACGAUUGCGACAUGUCGUUCGGCAUUGAUGAGUACUAUCAGCUUGUGCUGGACAUCCGGAAAAGUGGCCUGAUCGGCGACCAUCGGUAUCACUUGCGAAACUACAAGAACAGCUUUGUUGGUAGUGAGCUGGUUGAUUGGCUUGUCGCAAACAAGAACAUGUCACGGAAAGAGGCAGGUGACAUGGGCCAAGAGCUAAUUCAGCGAAAGUUUGGUCAUCAUGUUACGGAUGACCAUGAAUUCAAGGAUGGUUACUUUUUCUAUCGCCUGGUGGAGGAUGAUGAGUCUGAGGCCCUGAACACGAAGUUCCCGUCGGAGCUGGAACCAAUGCCAGCUGCCCAGCUCUCGGAAAACCUGCGCCGGUUAAUUUUGAAGCUCUAUGCAGACUACCUUUCGGAUGACGGCAGGAGUGUUGACUACGCGGGUAUGGCGAAAAGUGAACAGUUCGAGCAAUACGUCAAGCUAUCUGCAGAGUUACAGCGGACAGAAGUUGGCAAGAUGACCCGACAGGAGACCCUUGCGUUCUUCAUCAACAUCUACAAUGCCCUUGUUGUGCAUGCCAACAUUGAGCGUGGGCCACCGAUCUCCGUUUGGCAGCGUUACAAAUUCUUCAACACAGUUAGCUACAACAUUGGUGGUCAGCUGUACUGCUUGCAGGACAUUGAAAAUGGUGUGCUGCGCGCCAACAGGAAGGGUGUUGGGCAGGUGCGCGCUCCCUUCAGUCGCACCGACCCGCGCUUAUGUGUAUCGCUAGACCGCUGUGAGCCGCUCAUCCACUUUGCGCUGGUGUGCGGAGCCAAGAGCUGUCCGCCCAUCAAGACCUACACUGCCCCGAACAUUGAUCAGGAGCUCCGUCUUGCUGCUAGUUCAUUCUUGGAUGGAGAGGCUGUGGGUGUUUCUGGCAAUGUGGUAUCUCUAAGUCGAAUUCUCAAGUGGUAUGCUGGUGACUUUGGUGCGAACAAGCAUGAGAUUCUUGCAUUCAUCGUGGAACACUUGCCUAGUGAGAGCGAGAAGAGAGCUAUGCUGGCUCCACUGCUCAAGUCACGCUCUUAUAGCAUUGAGUAUCAAACCUACGACUGGUCUUUGAACGGCAGCAGUUAGUCAUUGCAGUACUGAUGUUACUGCUGCUGUUGACAUCCACUGGUGCUCAUGGUCCUUAUUAUUAUUAUUAUUAUUAUUAUUAUCAUUAUUAUACUGUCAAGUUGACUUUUUAAAUGUCAUCAACUCGACUCUUCUCUCUCUCUCUCUCUCUCUCUCUCUCUCUCUCUCUCUCUCUCUCUCUCUCUCUCUCUCUCUCUCUCUGUCUUUUUUGUGAAAUCAUGUGCCGGCUUUCAGACAUUUAAAAACCUGUUGUAGAUGUCUUCGUCCUCAUUUAUUAGACUCAUCUGUCUUCAUAAAUGUAAAAUACUCUCUCGCUGCUCUUUAUAUACACAUCUUUUAGCAUUGACCUUUCAAAUUUUCCCACCACCAACCAGUGCCUUUAUUCAUUCAACCAACAACCACAUGCAUGCAAGACAAUUUUGAUUGCAAUGAAUAAGUAGGCUGGAAAACCUAACGUUACUAAAAUGUAACUUUCUGCAUCUAUCUGAAUAGUUAUUUUGCUCUGAGCUUCCACGAAACGACCAUUCUGCUUUUCCUGUUUUUGUUAGCAAGACAAUGAAUGCUGUCUUUAUAAACAAUGAGUGCUGCUUUUAUUAUCAAUCACCGAACCGAAUGUUAUUUUUCUGUUGUAUUGACCUUUCCUUCAUACCGCUAUGCAAUGUGUUACUUCUGCUUUUGCUAGUUUUAUGGCUUUGUGCUGGGAACAGGGUAUUACCCGGACAUGAUCUUCUUAUCUUGAAAUUUUCUGUUCAUCCCCUGUGUAUACCAGUCAGACUCAGGCAGCGCUUUAUUUGACAACAUACCAGUACUGUUCAUUGCAUCUCGGUGCUCAUGUACUACUGUGCUUGCAAUUUUUCUUUCAAAAGCACAACGGACUUAACUUUUUUUUUUUUUUUUAUGAAAGUGCACAUGCCUACAUAGAAUGGAAGUUACUUGUGUGACCAUUGUUGUUUUUGCAUACUCUUACCGUGCAGUGACUGCAUCGUACA